AUGUCGGUCGCUCCAGUGCUGUCUCCCGAAUCCCAGCCUCUACCAAAUGUGUGGGAAGAUCCACGCCUGGGCAAGGGCACUCUUGCUACUCUUUUGGAGCAGCAGCCGGCACUUCGACAGCGGAUGCAUGACCAAGAGAACCCGCAUGUCACACGCUGGCUUACCAAAGAUGCCACUGGUGUUGCAUCAGUCCGUGCGAUGGCCUUGAACCCUACCCUGUUGGAGCUGGUGGCAGAGUGGUAUUGCUCAGUCCAACCAAAUCCCAAAGCACUUUGUCUCAGCGUUAUUCGGAGGGAGGUUGCACUGUUCAGGGAGCUUUGCGGAAAGCCUGCUGAUGCAGUCCAUACUCACAUGGAUGCCCAGGGCAUCAAAAAGCUCUUUUCACAUGGCAUUCGUCGGUUCUUAGCUCGCACAUCGUCCAGG